UUUAAAAGUGUAGCUUCACCGAGAAACAUCUAUGGAGACGCUAGCAGUAUCAGUGCUCGAAUUUUAUGUUUAGUUUAGAUCGAAAAUAAAAAGGAAAAACCUGACACGAGUGUGAAAAUAUAUAUACAAAUUCCUAAAGCGAAUUAUUUGAUUCUACAAGCAGAAUCAACGGUCAUUGCAGUAGUGCGAUUCACUCAAGAGCUUGGACAGCGCCACUUCGUCCGCAAUGAAUUCGAAUAGCCCAGCCAAUGGGCCCCUCGCUCAGCGCCCACCUAAGAUGAACAGAUCGUACAAGACAAAAGAUUUAGGGAAACAGAAGGAGGCAGAAACGGAGGCAGCUGCCGCCAUCCAAUCGUUGGAUGAGGCCUCGACGCAGGAAUAUUUCGCACAAGGAUCCGCAGGCGAUUCCACACAGAACACAGCACAUAAACAAAAAUCAUACAAGUUUGACAGAAAUGACACCACACACCUUGAUGUAUUCACAGUGGGGCCCGGAGGUGAUGACCCCCAUUGCGCCUCACCAAAGCAGCAAUACACAGUUGGGUCAAUCACCACAGCCCCGCUGAAGGGUAUCCUCGCUAGGAGUGGCACAUGGAAAACUCAGCCACUGCCAAAGAUUGAAAAUUACAUACAGAAUUCGAUGGCACUGAAGCAGCAGAAAGAUUCCGUUGUAGGGCAGGAAUCGACCUGUUUGGGUACUCCAAAGCAGACAUCCACACCGAAUCAGAUUGCUGAUGGCAGUCCCAAGAAGUCGCCAGAUGCCGCCAAUACAUCAGUUUUAAGCAAAUCUCAAGACCCUAAAGGCGAAGGAUCGCUCGUCUUGGCCACUUCCAAUGAUUCUUCACCAUCGAAAAAGACUGCAGAGGCUAGUCCACAGCCCAAUGCCGCCGUUUUGUGUUUCUCCGAGACUUCUUCCCCAUUGAAGCAGUCUCCUCAAGUCGGUACACAGUCCACAAAUUCCGCCAACUCAUCCAUUUUUGACAAAUCUCAAUGCUCGUCCGUCAAGAGCUCCUCACAGAGUUCUGUGCCACCGAAGAAGACUAAUGCCCUCGCAUCAGUUCUAUCAAGACCUUUGGGCUCUGAGCGCAUUUCUUCGCCAAAGACGACUCCAUCGAAGGAAAAUGAUUCACCCACAGAAGAUUGCAUGAAGACAUUUGUAGUACCCGGAUCUCCUACGCCAGAGAUACCUCAGGCUCAGUUGAUCCCAACUAUCCCUUUGAAGCGGCGUCCCGUCGAAGCGGUCAAGCCCCCAGUGCAUCGGGAUGCUGUGGAUAGGCCACGCGUGCCGCCGCAGGAUGGUUGGAAUGUUCAUGUCAAGUCCGCGAAGAAGCGGAACAACGGAGGCAAGUCUGCGCAAGAGAAGAAAUCUUCUACCCGAAAGAAUCCCGCCAAAGGCGCAGCCCAGCCAGCAAUCUUGACCCAGAAUUGUAUCCCAACUGCGCCAGAGGCAGCCCCGGUGAAGCGUCUCAUUGUCGCAGAGGCCACAACGGCAGCCCCCAAGCAGCCCAGUCAAAUGAUUCGCAGUGAGGAAAAGAAAUAUUCACCACCUCUGGCAUAUAUUGUACCCCGUACAUCCGAGAACAACAAGUCCAUUGACAGUAUGGAAGGAUCCCCCUCGAUGAGCCCCCCUCGAUUCCCGAUGGAAUAUCCAUCCAAAAAGGCAGUCGCUGAUGAGGCUGAGCCACAGUGCCAGCCGAAAAGUCCUCCCCGGGAGUCGUCUGUUCCAUUGAAAGCGCAGCGCAGACGCCCAAUAGGUCCCGCCGCGAGGGAUGUUCGCAUGAGUUCCAAGGGGAAAAAGGGCCGCAAAAACAUCAUCAGAAAGCGUAGAUCGAUUCUGGUGGCGUGCCCCACAGGUGUGCCCCCCGUUAAGGCCAAAUCCAAAGGCAAGCGCUCAAAGAAGGCUCUGGCCAAGAAGUUGGAUCCGAUGAAGUCGCCCGUGCUGAAGCGCAGCCAAACUUCAGUUUCAAUUCAUUCCCAGACUGAAGCUGCUGGUGACAGCUCUGAGGAGGAGGGGAGAGUGCAGACCGGGGAGGACGAGGAGGAGGAGUCGGUGGCACAACAUCCGUUGAACAACGAAUGGACCAUGUGGUAUGCGGAGCCCGAUCGCAACACGACCUGGGAGGAGACACUCCACCAGAUAACCAGCUUCCAUACCGUCGAAACCUUCUGGAGCCUCUAUUAUCACAUCAAGUGGCCAUCGGAGAUCAAGAUUGGCUGCGACUAUUGCAUGUUCAAGGCCGGCAUUCGCCCCAUAUGGGAGGACGAUGCGAAUGUCAGGGGUGGCUGCUGGAUCGCCAGCUUCCCCAAGAGCGCCACCAAUGAGCUCAACUUCUUCUGGGAGUACUCGCUGCUCUCACUGAUUGGCGAGUCAUACGAUCACAGCCCCGAUUUGUGCGGUGCUGUGGUCAACAUUCGCCAGAACACCGACAAGAUCGCGCUGUGGACCUCUGACGGAACCAAUGAGGCAGGCAUCCUUGAGAUUGGACGCCAGCUGCGCGACGGUCUGCCCACUGAUGGCGGCUAUGUGCUGCAAUAUCUGCUGAACAGUGACAGGAUGGCCCAGCAGGGCUCUAUCGUCCAAGCUAUUUACACUUUAUAAACAAUAUCCCCCGAGCCCCUGGGGGAAAGCGGGAGCGGGAACAGCAGCAGCAGCAACCACCGCCUGCAUGCACUCUCCCUGCAUUUCCAUCUGUUAAUUGUUUCAUGAAAUAUUCAGACACAAAUCCCACAAAAUCCAAAUUUUAAGUACGAAACUUUCCUCAUCCUCUCACGUUUCGGAAGCUUCGCCAAUGGGAUUAUGAAAAUAUGUCAAAUCCAAAUCAAAAUUGUACAAAUUGUAAUCAUU